CCAAAUGGACACGCUACAGGAAGCAGCACAGGGUGGCCGUCUGCAGUAAAUGAGCAUUUUAACGCAUCAUCUCACAGCUGUACACCAGUGAUGCCUGAAGAAACUUGAACCUGCAGUACAGUGUCUAACUAACUUUUUCCUACGUUUGGAUACUUUUAAACCUUCCUUGUUAUUAUCUAACAAAAACAAACAAACAAACAAAAAAUGACAGUCAGGACGAUGCAACAAGUUCCGUCGAUCACACUGUAUAAGUGUAUUUACUGAGGAGGAAGACUGCAGAUUUGAGAAGCUUCAUCUGUUAACGUGGGGAGAGACUUCAUGCACGUUUCCUCUCAAGUUCCACAAGUUCCACAAGAAACUCGUGCUCAGAAAGUUUACUGCAAUUACUGCCCUGCCAACGGAGUCAGCUCUGAUCUGCACCCAUCCUAAAGGACCCCAGAGAUGUCAUCUCCAAGUAGCUGCUUCAAGAUGAAAUGUGAUAACCUGAUCACCUACCUGAGGAUUAUUGGGACAACACUGUUUGGUGUCUCGCUGCUAGUGGGAAUCACUACUGCCUACAUCAUGGGCUAUCAGUUCUUCACGACUACAGGCCAUUACCUGUCCUUUGGUCUUUACGGAGCCAUUUUGGUCAUUCACCUCAUCAUCCAAAAUUUCUUUGCUCUGUUAGAACACAGAAACAUGCGGCGGUCCAUGGAAACACCAAUCAAACUUAACAAAUCACUGGCACUUUGCAUCGCCGCAUACCAGGAAGACCCCAAUUACUUGAGAAAGUGUUUGAUAUCAGUUAAGAGGCUCACCUAUCCAAACAUCAAGGUCAUUAUGGUGAUAGAUGGGAAUAGUGAAGAUGACAGCUACAUGAUGGACAUCUUUCGGGACAUAAUGGGCCGGGAAAAGGCAGCCACCUAUGUCUGGAAAAAUAACUACCACCAACUUGGGCCGGACGAGACCGAGGAGUCAUACACCGAGAGCCUGCAGCAUGUCUCUCAGCUGGUGCUCAACAAUAAAUGUGUGUGCAUUAUGCAGAAGUGGGGAGGAAAGAGGGAAGUCAUGUACACAGCCUUCAAAGCCCUGGGGAAGAGUGUCGACUAUGUGCAGGUGUGUGACUCAGACACCAUGCUGGAUCCUGCCUGUUCAGUGGAGAUGGCGAAGGUUCUAGAGGAAGACCCCAUGGUGGGGGGAGUUGGGGGAGAUGUACAGAUUCUGAAUAAAUACGAAUCAUGGGUGUCCUUUCUGAGCAGCGUGCGCUACUGGAUGGCCUUUAACGUUGAACGAGCCUGCCAGUCCUACUUCGGCUGUGUGCAGUGUAUCAGCGGCCCUUUGGGAAUGUACAGGAACUCUCUUCUCCAUGAGUUUCUGGAGGACUGGUACAAUCAGACUUUCAUGGGCAGCCAUUGCAGCUUUGGUGAUGACCGACAUCUCACAAAUCGCGUGCUAAGCCUUGGCUAUGCUACUAAAUACACAGCACGCUCCAAGUGCCUGACCGAGACUCCUAUCACAUACCUGCGCUGGCUCAACCAGCAGACGCGCUGGAGCAAGUCAUACUUCCGAGAGUGGCUCUACAACUCCAUGUGGUUCCACAAGCACCACCUGUGGAUGACCUACGAGGCCGUUAUAACUGGCUUCUUCCCUUUCUUUCUUAUCGCCACUGCCAUCCAGCUCUUCUACCAUGGUCGUAUCUGGAACAUUCUUCUCUUCCUACUGAUUGUACAGGCGGUGGCGCUCAUCAAGUCCUCGUUUGCCAGCUUUCUGCGAGGCAACAUCGUCAUGGUCUUCAUGUCUUUCUACUCAGUGUUAUACAUGUCCAGUCUUCUACCAGCAAAGAUGUUCGCAAUAGCCACGAUAAACAAGUCUGGCUGGGGUACCUCGGGGAGGAAGACGAUAGUCACAAACUUCAUUGGCCUCAUCCCCAUCUCAGUCUGGUUCACAAUUCUAUUUAUCGGCAUCCUGUAUACCAUUGCUCAAGAGACGCGAAAGUGUUUUCAAAGUUCUGAGAAGAUAGUCUUAAUAAUAGGUGCAAUAGUGUAUAUCAGCUACUGGGCCGUGUUUUUGACUUUGUACAUGGUUCUUAUAACAAAGUGUGGCAAAAGGAAGAAAGAUCAGCAGUACGACAUGGUGCUCGAUGUCUGAUGUCCCUCACUGUGUUGUCCCUCCCCUCUCAAAGUUUACAUUGUGAACAGACUGCUCUGCUAUUUGUUCUCCAUAGGUGACAGAAGAUGACUCCAUCAAAGAGAGCUACUAUUGCUGCUGUGACUUGAUACCAAGGACAUUUCUUUGAGAUUAAAUUCUUUGAAGAAAACACCAAAAACCCAAAACAAGUUCAAACUGUUGAUUUUGGGCUGUUAAUUUUUAUGCUUUUUCCAAAAACCACCAACUAAACUUUCUUUUCCUUUUUAUCCAUGAAACUGAUGGUUAUUUUCUAUGCACUUUUAUAUCUUUCUCUCUUUCAUCAGAUAUAAUGCUUGACAAAGAACUCAAUGAACAAAUACCUCAGUGGUUAUGUUUGCAUUGUGUGAUUGACUGGGAUGCAGUCAAGGCUCAUUCUUUAUAAAUAAUUUAUUGUGUUUUUUUAAACCAUGUUUUAUACAUGCUUUUAAUGAAGGCCAAACAGAAUGCGUUGGUCAUGCUGUAUUUUGUAUUUGCAUAUUGUAUUUCUUUUCCUUUUAAAUAGACAAGUUUAUUUUUGCUUAGCCAUGAAAGAUUCUUUAUUUUCAGUCAUAAAUAUAUGAGAAAAUGCAUUGUGCAUUUAACUGUUAUUACAAUGACUUGUGCAUCCGACCAAAAAAAUGUGAAGCUAGGUUUUGUGUUUGCAUUGAUGACAAUUAAAUGCAAUUCUAGUAACAAGUGAUUCAUAAGGAAGAAGACUAACCUGUGUUAUUGAAAAAAAAAAAGUAUUACCUGACAAGAAAACCAGCAUAUUUAUAUAAAAAAACACUCUGUGGUUCAUUGUUUUUGUACCUGAUUUAUUGUAUUUUUGUACAUAUAUUAUAUUUGGCCUGUCAACUAUUAUGAAGACUGAUCAGCAAUCUAUCACAUUUUUGCACACAGAUAUACACACAUGGAUUUCUAAACAUGUCCAAAAUCGAAUGCCAUGACUCUACUUUGGGGUAGCACCAUGACUUUUUCUUCAAUGUGAUGUGUUUAUUAUUUAUGAUUUAAAUGAGCCUAUUGACAAGUAUCUAAUAGUGCUGAUGCUGAUAUGAGACAUAUGAAUACUAGAUGUGAUGUCACAUGAACUGACCUGUAAACGCAAUUACAGGCAUGUUUUUAAACAAUUUUUAAGCUCAAGAGCAAAUGGAUCAACUGAGGGCUGGAAUAAAAAAUUGACUAUGAAAGUAUUUUCUUGCAAUCUAAUUAUGCCAAUGUUAUGUAGGCAGUAUUAUUAUAAAGCACUUUUUGUGUUUGUGCCAAAUUGAAAACUUUGUUUCUUACUAUGCAUACAUAAUGUUUUUGUUUGAUUUGUUGUUUGUUACCAUUACAUGUUUUUGAAAAAAAUUAAAUAAAUUGAUUUGAUGACUUGAUGGUGAAUGUGUAAUUUUUUUUAACUUUUAGAAUUACAGAAUUUCACUUUAUGGAUGAAGAACAUAAGAUCUUUGAAGAAAGUAUUGUAAUCUAUUUGGCCAACAUGAGGGGGAUUUCCUCUAGUGUUAGUCUGUGUGUUACACACAGGGACCUUGUGAUUUCAUCAGUGAUGAGAAGAACAGAGAGCUUUAUCUCACACUGCAUCAUGAAAAUUUCCAUGGUGAAUUGUGUUUACAAUAUACAAAGAGGGUGGGGCUGGAGAAACCAAAAAACUGGUUCAAGACAUCAACUAUAUCUCACAAACUAAAUUGAAUAGCAUUUUCUUAUAACACAAUGCUGUUAAAUGCUUGAUUCUGAUUAGUCAGGAAGUGUUGAUUAAUUUUCUAUAACAGCACAGCUCUGACAGUAGUACUGGUUGCACAGUUUAUAUUAAAGCACUCAUUCUAACAGGUUAUUGUUUCUAUAGUAAUAGUUUAUAGGGACUGGUAUGGCAGAUGCUCCACAUAAAAACGGAUUUA